AUGUCUCCCGUUUUCGACGCCACUACCACUGCCAGUGAGCUCGUCACACACUACGCAGCGCAGAUCAAGGGAAAAGUCAUCCUCACAACCGGCGUCUCCCCAAAAGGCCUCGGCGCCAACUUUGUCCUGGCCAUUGCCAAAGCCCAACCGUCGCUCCUAAUCCUCGCAGCGCGCAACCCAUCCAAGGCUGACCAGACGGCUCGCGACAUCGAGGCUGCCAGCCCCGAUGUCAAGACCAAGAUUGUCGAGCUGCAUAAUGACUCACUCGCCUCAGCCCGCGCAGCGGCAACUACUGUGCUCUCAUGGGCCGACGUCCCCAGCAUCGACGUCCUAGUGAACAAUGCCGGCAUCAUGGCUUCCGACUACAAGCUGUCUUCCGAUAAAAUUGAGAGUCAGUUUGCUACCAACCACGUUGGUCACUUUCUCUUUACGAACCUCAUCAUGGAAAAACUGCUCGCGGCGGAAUCUCCUCGUGUUGUCAACGUGAGCAGCGACGGCCACCGCCUUAGUCACAUCCGCUGGGACGACUAUAACUUUGAUAAUGGCAAGACGUACAACAGGUGGACCGCAUAUGGCCAGUCCAAGACUGCCAACAUACUCUUCUCCAGGUCCCUUGCCGAGAAGCUGAGCAGCAAGGGCCUUCUGUCCCACAGCCUGCACCCAGGUGUUAUCAGCACCCAUCUCGGCGACCAUCUAGUUGAGUUUGAUAGCCUAAAGGAUGCUGACCGCAGUCUCGGAAACAAGGAGGGCUGGGAAGAUUUUAAGUGGAAGACACCUGACCAGGGUGCCGCUACCCAUGUUUUCGCUGCCUUUGAGCCGUCGUUGAAGGACAAUAACGGUACCUACCUGGAAAACUCUCGCGUAGCGGACCCCAAUGUAGAAACCGUCAAGCCGUGGGCAACGAGCCCUGUUGAAGCUGAGAGGCUAUGGAAAUUAAGCGAGAAGCUGGUUGGACAGGAAUUCAGUUACUAG